AUGAAAACAAGUAGAACCACAACAUUUCUGGGUCGGCACACAAAAGCCUACGUCAUAGGAAGUCAUCGACUUGGUAUUAGGGAUAGAAACAGGAUAGACGCGGUGGAGAUUAGAGCUAACUCAGACAGCGAUACGCCAGACGCCAAAACUCUUGAAAACACCGUUUUCCCUACAGAGUUAGAUCUGCUCGCCUCCAGACCACGGCUGCGCAGUUCCCCCUCUUCGAAACCAUCAUUUCUAGACUCGAAAAUCUAUGCCGUGGUUGGCCCACAUCGUGUGACACUUGACCAGCUGGCUGUGUUGACCGCAAGGACCGAGCAAGCAAAUCGCUCUGAUGAUGGUGCGUGUGCUGGUGAGAUGGCAGAUACCCUGAUUGACGCUUAUUGUUUUGCUUUGACACAGUCUGCUCAGGCAGUACGCAAAAUUAUCGCUAACUCUUCCCUCUUCCAAUCUCCUGUUCAUCAGGUUUCUUUGAAAGAGGGUGUCCACAGCCUCCCUGAUCUUCCUUUUCAUGAUGUUUUCCUCAUAUGA